AUGGAUGUUCCGGCUAAAAUAUUUGUCAUUAUUUAUUAUUACUCACUUUUAAUUCUUUGGGCAUAUUCAUUAGAAUCUUUAAUUACAACAACACCGACAUCAUCAAAUGAUUAUAAUACAUUUAUUCGUCACCGUUUAAGUAAUGGUCAUGUUAAUUAUUUUAAUGCCGGAAAAAUAAAAGACAAGGCAUUGAUUGUAUUUAUGAAAAGAAAAGGAUUGGAUAGAUUUGGAUUUAUUCAAUCGAAAAACGAGUGGUUUAAAGAAUACAAAGAAUUUAAUAUUCCUUCUGAUUCAUAUUCAGUAAAUUUUUUAAAAACAAAAUUAUGUGUUACAUGUGCAAGAGGAUUUGAAAUUGUUAAUUUGGAUUCUCUUAGAAAAAUAGUCACCAUACCUGACUUCGCACAACAUCAAUCAUUGCUACCGAUAGCAAAAUUAUGUGAAAACUCAAAACCUCUUGCAAUGUUUAAAAUUGGAGAUGAAUAUUUAUUAUGCUAUGAUGCAUUAAGUUCACCAUAUGUAAUUGGAUUUAAUCAAUUAUUUAUUGAAAUAAGACAUAUUGAAACUGGAAAUUUAGUUCAAAUCAUACCAGGAAAAAAUAUAAAUUAUCUAAAUAAUAUGGAUAGUAACAAUAAUAAUUCAGGAAAUGAACAAGACGAAGAGGAAGAAAAUGUGAUUCAUGCCGUGAUGCAACAUACUGAAUUGGAUAUUCAAUAUGUUUUUCAAUUACGUAAAAUUGCAAAAUAA